UGUUUCUAGAUUCGUCACAUAGUCACGACUAUCGUUUCGCGGUGCAGUAUCGACAUGUUCGCUAAAAAAUUACAAAUUUCCUCCGCCUUGGUUUCGAGAUCUCAGGACUUACUGAGUUUUGGAUGGCGAAAACUUCUAGUACCCGUUUCGUUGUUUGGAGUCAUUGCACUUUUAUUCUGCUUGUGCUACAUAUUUUGGGAUACGAUGGAUUAUAAGAUAAUGGAGAACAACGUUUUCAUCCAAGAUCUAAAUAGCGCUAUAAAGAAAAAUUCAACAUUGUCCCAACAAAGUUUGAAUGGCACUAUGCGAGAAAAAAUCGGUAAAACCUAUUGUCAAACUGGUCCAUCAUGUAAUGCAAUAACCUGUUCGUCUAUCCCGCAAGAUUCUGGAACAGUGGUGUCAGAGUUCAUCGAGAACAAUUUCAAGGCUAUCUGCAAGGAUACAACAUCCGUGAAAUUGUCACUUAUCAAAUGCAAAUUCCCCGAGAACAUGCUUCGAAGGAAUUGGCUGUGUACCAACUUGUCGAUCGAAGAGUUGACGUUCGAGCGCUGCUUCCUCAGCAAAAUAGAGGAUAACGCGUUUUCGUCGUCCAUUUAUGAACAGACGAAGAAGAUCUCCAUGAUCAACAACGAACUCGUCUCUUUGCGUAAGGCGAUGUUCUGUCACCUUAAAAUGUUAGAGGUGCUGAGUAUUAACGAAAAUAUCGUCAAGUCGGCUGAAUUUAAUUUGCUCGAAGAGGUGGCGGGUUCUUUGACCACGCUGGACCUGCGCCAAGCCAUCGACAAUCGAAAGGUGCUUCGAAACAUAACGGGCGGAAGCGCAUUGUCAAAGCUUGAAUUAUUGUCUUUAUGGGGGAACUCCAUAUCCAUGAUCGAUGCUGAAUUGUUCGUCGGUGUGCCAAUGGUGAAAUCGCUUUAUCUGCACGCCUCGAACAUUGAGACAGUGUCGCAAGAUACUUUUCAACCGAUGGCUUCAUCCAUAUUGCAAGUAACACUGUACAGCAACAAUAUUGUUUCGUUACCGCAGGGACUGCUAGACCACGUAGUUGAUUCGAAUAAAUGCUUUGGUAUGUUUAUGUACGACAAUCCUUGGCACUGCGAUUGUAGUUUAAAAUGGUUACAGGAUUUCAUGCAAAAUCAGUAUAUCUGUAUGGACCAGUCGAAUGUAGUAAAUUCGGAUAGAAAAAUUCCAAUUUGUAAAACGCCUCAGGAAAAAGCUGGGAAGCCAUUUACGACAGUGGAUUUCUGUUCUCAGUCAACCACCAAUUCCACCAUAUCUACCACGACACUUAAAUCUACUAAACAUGAUUGGAUCCAAACUACUACUAUUACUCCUACUACUACAGAUACAACCAAUAGGAUGGUCCACGUAAAUUGCAGUCUCACCUAUACAUAUAUACAAACUGCUAAUACACGCAAGCUGUUAUCCACCGAUGUUCUUCAGUUUCCUCCGCGAUUUCCCCAUUUCUACGUCUCGAAGGUCUCAGAUCGCAGCAUACUUGUGAAUCUGCCCGACCUGAACAAAGAAAUCACGCUGCUCUGGUUCGACAACAAUAACGUCGACAGUUCGCUCGGCUGUGCAAAAAAUGUGAAGUACUCUUAUCUGCUGCAGAAUAUCGAUUCGCAGGCAACGUAUACGAUCUGUUUGCUCGACGAUAACGGGGACAACGUAUCACCGUUGAACUGUUUGGCUGUAACUACUAUGCCCACUUACAAGUACAGGACCUGGUUGACGAACGCAGACAAGAGUUUGGUCUUCCCUCUAUUGAUAUCGUCGUUGAUUCUACUGUUCUUCGUCGGUGCUUUCCUCUCGUUUCUGCUGAUAAGGCGAUACCCAACAUUGCUUCGCGGUAACAAACGGAUCAUGUUGGUGAAACGCAGGAACGUGGAUGCCAUUGUGCUUCCAAAAGGCGUCGAUAUGGAUGAGGAGAAACAGAGAAAAUCAAUCUCUGUUUCUUAUGUUAGCAAGCUUUACGAGGAUGGCUACGUUACGCCUUUGCCUCCGGAGAGAACUCUGCUUCCUCGAAGAUCGAGAAUAUCUAGAACAAGCUCUCAAAGCGACAGAAAUAGUUACGUGUCAGAGGUUGAGACAAUAGAGUCGCAACUAGCUUUUUGGAAACUGAAGAGCGAGCUGGAGAAACAGAAAUCAAUUGCUCCUCCAUUACCACCACAUCCUUCCAACUUAGUUCCUUCCGUCUCUUGGGGAAUAGAUACAAAGGACGACCGUGAUUAUGAAGUUUUUAAUUUAAAUUCCGUAAUACCUGAUGCUUAUUAGAUCAUUAGCCAUUUUACAACAAUUGAGUAAUGAUUUCAAAGUCGUUUACUGACACAUACUACAUAUUUUGCAAUGUGAAGUUACACAGUUGAAUCUCUUCUCAUUGAAUCGAAUUCUGUAAAAUUUGACUGCCGGCCGAGAGGUACGCGUGUCAAUGUCAAUUUCAGUGAUCAUGUAUAAACAAGAAGAUUGAACCACUAGAAGAUGUCGAUAAUUGGAAAUAUAUAUAUAUAUAUAUAUCGUAAAUAAAAUUUUAGUUUAAUUUA